CCUAAGUUAAAAUAUGUGCAUUAGAAGGUCGUAGAUACCUACUUCCGUUGCUCACAUUAAUUUCCGUUUAGAAUUCGUACAAGAAUACACGGUAACCAAUUUGAAACGGAACGUGAAGUAUUUGUUCCGUGUUAAUGCGGUGAACAGCAUCGGAGUCAGCGAAAGCACACAGGUAGCCGAACCAGUGGUAAUCAAACGAAGCAGAGAAAAACCCGGAAAACCAGGUCGUCCUAUGAUUCAAUCGGUUGAGGAAGACAGCGUCACGAUCAGUUUUGAAGCUCCAAAGACCGACGGAGGUUCAGCCAUCGUCGACUACACUAUCGAGAAGCACGACGUAUCGUCUAACAAAGGUUGGCUUGUGGCUUCGGGUAAGUGGAACGCCGAGGGUCAUUAUGUGAUCAAAAAUCUGGUCAUGGACCACGUGUACGAAUUUCGAGUUUCCGCUGAGAACCAAGCAGGCAUGAGCGAAUGUAGUGACGUAUCGGAGCAAGUGGUGAUUGCCAAAACUGUCGAAACUUGUUCACCGUUCUUUACGACCACCAUGGAAAAUGUGGUCGCCGUCGAGAAUGAAGCCAUAUGCCUGAGUGUCGGAUUCAAAGGUCAACCGAAACCGACGGUCAGAUGGUACCGAAACGGACGGGAAAUGGUCAGCGAUGGCCGAGUGCGCAUCCGAACCACCAGCGAGACUUCUCAGCUGACCAUAUGCAGCGUCAACGAGUCAGACGAAGGUACCAUCACCAUUGAGGCAGUCAACGAAUUGGGUUCCGUGACGAAAAACGUCCAACUGACAGUCAAAGUGCCGGCUACGAUCGCCGCCUUGGAGGAAGCUGAGGAAUGCAUGACGUUUACCGAAGGGGAGACAGUCGAAAUAUCGUACAACUUCAAAGGAAAGCCGUCCGCGGAGGUGUGCUGGUCAAAGGAGAAAACACCAAUCGUGCCGUCUGAACGGGUUGCUUACACGCAAACUGAGUCGUCGGCGACACUGUUGAUUUCGAACGCUGUCGAACGAGAUUCCGGCUCAUACAAGUUUGAGAUAGCCAACGAACUGGGAAAAGACAGGGCAUCGAUUGACAUAAGCAUACUGCCUCGAACGAAGCCGAAAGAGGAAGAAGUGCCUGUAGAAGUUUUAGCAGUUGAAGAAAUUUCUGGAGAGGAAGAGGCAUUGUUCAAGGGUCGCCGUUCGUCGUGCCACAUUGACGUGGACUUGUGCAAAUCUCGA